AUGUCGCAACAAUUGAAGAACCCCUUCCCCACGGCGCAGCAAAAGCUCAAGGGCUCCGACCUCCAGAUCGUCGGCCUGAUCCCCCAGGAAGCGAAGCCGUUGUUCUCGGCGGAGGCGUUGGCGUUCGUCACCUUGUUGCACCAGAACUUCAACCACGUCCGUUUGGAAUUGUUGAACAACCGUAACUUGAUCCAAAAGGAGUUUGACGCCGGCAAGUUGCCCGACUUCCUCCCUGAGACUAAGUACAUCAGAGACGACCCCACUUGGCAAGGGCCCUCGUUGGCCGAGGGUUUGAUUGACCGGAGAUGUGAAAUCACCGGUCCCGCUGGUGACGCCAAGAUGGUGAUUAACGCCUGCAACUCUGGCACUGCUUGCUACAUGGCCGAUUUCGAAGACUCGAUGACCCCCGCCUGGGCCAACGUCGUCAACGGUCAAAUCAACAUGCAACAGGCGUUGAAGAGACUGUUGACCGCGUCGCUGGGCUCGAAGACCUACAAGAUCACCACCGAACAACGCAUCCCUACUUUGAUUGUCCGUCCCCGUGGGUGGCACUUGGACGAAAAGCACGUGCUCAUCAACGGCGAGCCCGUGUCUGGUGGUAUUUUUGACUUUGCCAUCUACUUCUUCAACAACUGGAAGUACUUGAAGGAACAAGGUUUCCCCAACGCCUACUACUUGCCCAAGAUGCAACACCACUUGGAAGCCAAGUUGUGGUCGAACAUCUUCAAGUUCUCCGAAGACUACGUCGGGUUGACCCGCGGUACCAUCAGAGCCUCGGUGCUUAUUGAGACUUUGCCCGCCGCCUUCCAAAUGGACGAAAUCAUCUACCAGUUGAGAGACUACUCCGCUGGUUUGAACUGUGGCCGUUGGGACUACAUCUUCUCCUACAUCAAGUCGUUGAGAAACCACCCCGAAUUUGUCCUCCCCGACAGAUCGCAGGUGACCAUGGCCGCCCCCUUCAUGUCGCUGUACGUCCACUUGCUCGUGCAAACCUGCCACAAGCGUGGUGUCCACGCUUUGGGUGGUAUGUCGGCGCAAAUCCCCAGAAAGGACGACGAAGCCGCCAACAAGAAGGUGCUUGACGGUGUCAGAGCCGACAAGAUCAGAGAAGUCACCGCCGGGUGCGACUCGUGCUGGGUGGCCCACCCCGGUCUUGUCCCCAUCGUUCUCGAAGUGUUCAACGAGUACAUGAAGGGCCCCAACCAGAUCCACACUCCCCCCAAGACCCCUUACCGCAACAUCAGCGCCCGCGACUUGUUGUCGCCCCACAUUGCUGGCGGUAAGAUCACCGAGGCCGGGAUCAGAGCCAACAUCAUCAUUGGUCUUGGCUACGUCGAGGCGUGGUUGAGAGACAUUGGCUGUGUCCCCAUCAACUACUUGAUGGAAGACGCCGCCACCGCCGAAGUGUCGCGCUCGCAAUUGUGGCAAUGGGUCACCCACGGCGCCACCACCGACGACGGCAAGAAGAUCGACAAGGCCUACGUCAAGAAGCUCUUGGACGAAGAGUACCAGAAGUUGGCCAAGGCCGCUCCUGCCGGCAACAAGUACAAGCGUGCUUUGGAGAUCUUCGCCCCUGAAGCCCUCGGUGAGCACUACAACGACUUUGUCACCACCUUGUGCUACGACGACGUCGUCACCGCCGGCCGCCCCAUCACCGCCGAAAAGUUGUAA